GAGAGGUGGGUUAUUAUAAAAUCGUGAAAGGCUAAGCGUGCGUGUCUGUCUUCCCUGGUCUUUAGCUAUCUUUGACCUUUAAAUUAGAACCUCACCCAAUAACCAUCCAAUUCCCCUCAUCCUUACAAAGCAAAAUUCCCAUAACAUACAAAAUAAUGCAAAUUUUGUUUCUCACUCUUAAACUUAUCGCACUUCUUACAACAUGCACCUCACGUUCAAAAAAGAAAAGCUAACAAAAAACCACCUCCACCCUUUUCUCAAACUCACCAACUCCAAAAAGAAAGAAAAAAAACUUCAUUUUCAUUUGUUACUUUGGCUUCCCUUUGCUACUUUCCUUCUCUCCCACUAUCUCCCUGCAGGGUCUCGGACACCCCAUGUUUUGUUCUUCUUAGUUCACACGUUGAAAAGCUUAGUUUUUCUUGGAAAAAGAGAAAGAAUAAAAAAACAUGGUUCGAGCAGGGGAACAAGAGCAGGAAGGCAGGUCCAAACUAUUCAAUUUCAGAGGGAUGUUUGAGGGCACUGGGAGGCAUACCAAGAGCUUAAGCGUUGACACUGCUAGCGCGUUGGAUCCUACAGAGGAUGGCUCUGCUUCAUCAAGAAGUCAAGGAUCAAAGCCUCUUAAUGAUUCAGAUAAGCUUCCUAAGCCAAGGGUAAUGAGCAAAGAGGAAAUCGCUGCAAAGGAGGCCAGAGAGAAGCUUUUGCAAGAGAUGGAACAGAUGAAGGAGAAAUUUUCCAAACUGCUAUUGGGUGAGGACAUGUCCGGUGGAGGAAAGGGUGUUUCGUCUGCUUUGGCCUUGUCAAAUGCAUUCACAAACCUUGCUGCUUCGAUUUUUGGUGAACAAAGGCGCUUGGAACCAAUGCCAGCAGAAAGGAAAGCAAGAUGGAGAAAAGAAAUUGAUUGGCUUCUAUCAGUCACGGAUUACGUUGUUGAAAUGGUUCCUUCACAACAGAAGUCCAAGGAUGGUUCACAGAUGGAGAUUAUGACAACGCGACAACGAACCGAUCUCCACAUGAAUAUCCCCGCCUUGCGCAAGCUUGAUGCAAUGCUUAUUGAAUGUCUAGAUAACUUCAAAGAUCAAAAUGAGUUCUAUUAUGUAUCGAAAGAUUCAGAAGAUUCAGAUCAAGACGAUUCCAAGAAAAAAAAUGAUGAUAAAUGGUGGUUACCUACCCCUAAGGUUCCUGCAGAAGGUCUAUCUGACAUGGCUAGAAAAUUUUUACAGUAUCAGAAAGAUUGUGUUAAUCAAGUACUUAAAGCGGCCAUGGCAAUAAAUGCUCAAAUUAUAACAGAAAUGGAGAUCCCUGAAAGCUAUAUUGAUUCCCUACCCAAGAAUGGAAGAGCAAGUCUAGGAGACUCGAUCUACAGGAGUAUAACAGUUGAAUUUUUUGAUCCUGAUCAGUUCCUCUCAACCAUGGACUUAUCAUCAGAACAUAAAAUCCUAGAUCUCAAGAAUAGAAUUGAAGCAUCAAUAGUGAUUUGGAAGCGGAAGAUGAACCAAAAGGAUGGAAAAUCUACUUGGGGUUCUGCAGUGAGUUUGGAAAAAAGAGAGCUCUUUGAAGAGAGAGCAGAAACCAUAUUACUUCUCUUAAAGCACCGUUUCCCUGGCAUUCCUCAAUCUGCAUUGGAUAUAAGCAAAAUCCAAUUCAACAAGGAUGUGGGGCAAGCUGUUCUAGAAAGCUAUUCAAGAAUAUUGGAAAGUUUAGCCUUUACAGUACUUUCGAGAAUAGAUGAUGUACUCCAAGCAGAUUAUCAAAUUCAAACUCAAAAUCUAAAUGGAAGAAGGAGAAGCUCAGUUUCAAGGCCGAGUCCUAGAGAAGAUUUAGACAAGGGUAGCACAGAAACACCUGCUUCAAUGACAUUAUCAGAUUUCAUGGGUUGGGGCUCUGAUCAAGGUGACUCAGACAUGAAGAAGGACCCCUUAGCUUCAGAUGACUUUUGCAAAGACGAUGAUGCAAAGCAACAAAAACUUUCGAAUGUAGUCACCAACAAGAAGGGGUCAUAUCUUGAGAACUUGGGCGUCAUGAGAAGCCCCACAUCGCGCCAUUAAAACAGGAGUCAGAGGGAGAAACCAGUAUAGCGAGUGAACCUUGGCCUUCAAAAGCACCAUUAGACACAUACAUAGAGGUGUUUGUUGGAGUCUUGACUGUUUUUUCUUUUUUUGACCAAUUCUUCCCUUUUGUACAUAGGAAUGAGUAUACAAAAUUCAUUGACUUUGAAGCAUUGUCAGAUAUAUACAUUAUUUUUCUUAUAAGAAGAAUUUGUAGUCUGGUAGCUAACAAUAUGUGCUUUCUGAUG